AUGGCCGAGUCGUCCACAUCUACUUCUGCUGCACCAGUUCAACCUGAAGGCACAUAUUCUCUAGAACAGAUGAAAGAACAUAAUACGAGAGAAAGUUUAUGGAUGCUUUUACAUGAUAAAGUUUAUGAUAUCACUGCUUUUAUGGAUGAGCACCCGGGUGGUGAUGAAGUGUUGAUCGAAGAAGCUGGUCGAGACGCAACUGAGGCUUUCGAAGAUGUUGGACAUUCAGAUGAAGCAAGAGAGAUGUUACCUAAAAUGUUAUUAGGUGAUUUCUACGGUGAAAAAAAAUCUAAAUCCAAGAAAUCUCUCACUUCAGCCGAUGGCUCUUCUACUUCUUCUGGUUUCCCAAUCUGGGUAGUACCAGUAGCACUCGUAGCUGCAUUCUUAGCUUGGAGAGUCUUCCUCGCUUAA